AUGAUUCAGCAUUUUUCUGCUCUACUAAAGCUGCAAGGACAAACAGAAUUUGUGUGGGAAGUGAAGCAUCAAGAGGCAAUUGAUAGCAUAAAGGCCUACCUAACCAAUCCACCAGUUCUCGUUCCUCCGAAACCAAACCAACCGCUCAAACUCUACAUCUCAGCAGCGGAAGCUUCAAUAGGCAGCCUGCUGGCACAAAACGACGAAGCGGGAGUGGGGCAUGCUAUCUUCUACCUUAGUAGAACGUUAAUAGAUUGCGAAACCAGGUACACAUCAAUGGAAAAGCUAUGUUUAACGUUAUACUUCUCUGCAUGUAAGCUGCGCCACUACAUGUUGUCAUUUACUACAUGCAUAAUCGCUCAAACCGAUCUAGUCAAAUAUAUGUUGUCGCGGGCCAUUCUUAGGGGCCGAAUUGGCAAAUGGGUCUUGGCUCUUUCAGAAUUUUCUUUACAAUAUGUCCCUCAAAAGGAUGUGAAGGGUCAAGCCAUCGCGGAUUUUCUAGCGCAUCAUCCCAUGCUGGACGCUCCAGAGCUUCGCGAGCUAGAGGUCCCGGCAAAUUUAUGGGGAAAGGCAUGUCAUAUACAUUGCUCAGAACCUUUCACCGAUGGCCAGGAAGCGGUCGUGUUACAGCCGUGGGUGUUGUACUUUGAUGGUUCCCGAACAGAUACCAUGGCCAGAGCAGGAAUCACACUGGAGAAUCCGGCGGGAGAUCACUUUUCGUACUCAUUCCAGUUGGACUUUCAAUGUACCAACAACCAGGCUGAAUAUGAGGCCUUAAUCAUAGGCCUAGAAGUAUUGCUGGAAAUGGGAGUCAGAGACGUACAAAUACUUGGAGAUUCUCUCCUGGUCAUCAAUCAGCUGCGCGAAAAGUUCAGAUGCGUUAGCUUCGCGCUGGUUCCUUAUUUAAACAAGACACUAGAACUGUUGGACCAGUUUGAUGACCUGGAUCUUGAGCACAUUCCUCGCGAACGAAAUUUCGCUGCGAACGAGUUGGCCCAGCUGGCAACAGGGGUAACGCUGAGAUAUGGCAUGCGCGAGAGAAUCUUGAAAGUAGAGCGUCGAACGCUUCCUUCUUGGAUGGCGAGAAAAGAUCCUCUAGACAACACGUCAGUAGCGACUUUGGAGCCCAUUGAUGUGGAUUGA